CCGGUGCCCAUUAUCUCUCGUAUAACUCGAGUCGACGAGAAAUUGGAAACAAUGUCUUCACCUACGCAGAAUGAUGGCGACAAGCUGCAACAGCUGGUUCAGCAGCUCUCCGAAGUCGCAAAGGGCUAUGACCCAAGUCCAGGUGCUGCGGGCUACAUCUCGCGGACAAGCGUCUCGCAUGUAGCUAAGGAGAUUGUUCGACUCAUGAUGGCUCCUUCUGACAUGUCUAUGCAUCAUGCUGCGAAUAUGCUGGAAAUCGUGGCUCUCCGGACCAUGCUGAGCCUAGGUGUGCUUGGAAAAAUCCCUGAUGAAGGUUCAAUAUCACUGGCCGAUCUGUCAAAGGCGACCAACGUUCAAGAUUCCCUUUUGGAACGCAUGCUUCGAAUGCUCGUUGGCACAGGAUUCCUUGACCAGACGCCCGAGUACGAGUACGUCCAUACGAAGUUCUCGAGAGCAUACAUCCAGGUACCCGGGCCUGGAUAUUUCUUCCAAUUCUUGAACGACGAAUGUCUUUCGACCCUCGUGCACUUCCACCAAUACGUCAAAGACCGAGGAGAGGUGCCCGUUCACGAACCCGACGACCCUCUCCGCAAUCCCUACACCCACCGCCAUGGUCAGGAUGGCGUACCAGUCUGGGCCAUUAUGGCUCAGUUCCCCGACCGUCUGAAAGCAUUCCAACUCGGCCUGGCGUCCCAAGAAGACUCGGUCCCGAUCAUUGGCUUCUACGAUUUCUCAAGCCUAUACGACCCGGAGGAUGACGGGGACAGAGCCACGCUCAUCGACCUUGGAGGCGGCCAAGGCCAGUCGAUUAUGCAAAUACUCAAAGCCUUCCCUACUCUCAAGCCGGAGCGGAUGAUCCUUCAAGACCUUCCUGAACCGAUCCAGCAGGCGCAGACCAGCAAAUUACUGCCUGAUGGAGUACAGGCAAUGGUGCAUGAUUUCUGGACCCCUCAACCCAUCAAGGGCGCGAAGGCAUAUUUCUUCCGGCGUAUCAUGCACGACUAUUCGGAUGAGCACUGCUCCAAGAUUCUAUCACAGAUCCGUGACGCAAUGGCUCCCGAUUCAAAGGUGCUCAUUGCCGACAUGGUCAUGCCCAAGCGUGUGUCUGAAGCUGAUCUGCCAGCUGCUGCGAUGGACAACUGUGUAAUGGUCAUGGGAGGUAAGGAGCGUACAGCCGAAGGGUUUAGUAAAAUUCUGGAAGACGCUGGGUUGAAGCUGGAAAAGAUUUGGCAGAGCAGGGCAGGCGGCGCGGCUGGGAAUAUUGUCGAAGCCAGGUUGAAGGCGUAGGGCGUUCUCGUGCGCAAGACAUUGUUGACGCAAAUCCACAGAGAAAGGGACUUUCGGAAGUUAAAGGAAGGCCUCUACUAUCAUGGUGAAACGGGCUGUUUGACCGGUCAAGUCUUGUCUUUAUACCAUAGACGAUUCGAUUUCAAUAGCUACAGUCCAGCGCCAACACGUAAAGUCAAC